AUGAUUACGUUAAAGGACGCCUGGAAGAAAGAAAGAAGUAGUUUCUUCCUUUUUAAAAGAACUCUUAUACUUUCCCUUUUGCUUUGGAUAUGUCAGCAUUGCAACAAUGAGGGAACCAUCAGUAAAACAUUGGGUAUAGGGCACAGCGUAAGAACCACUCCCGGUCAAAGGUAUAAUCGAUUAUUAGUCAGACACGAACUUAUUAAUAAAGUAGAUGAGGAAAGUAUAAAAGAACAGCUGGGAUAUAAUACACAGAGAAAAAGUGUUUUGCUAGAAGAUGGAAAUAAGUUAGACAAGGAAGAAGCAAAACGGAGCAAGGUGAAAAGUGGGAAUUCAUCGAAGAAUGAAGAUGUGAAAGGUUUUAAUUUAAAAUUUGGACGUGAAUCAAAAAAGGCAAAAGGAAAAAACGGUAACCAAAAAAUUAAGAGUGAAUUAAAAAAUGGAAAUAAAAUAAAGAAGGAAGAAAAGGAAAAAAAACUGGGUCAGAAAAGCGAAAAUAAAAUGACUGUAGGGGUGGGGGCAGAACGUAAUGACCAGAAAAGCGAUGAUGAAAUAUGUUCAGAAAAAGUAGAAGAAGAAGGAGGAGCGGAAGUGGGGGCACAACGUGAUGAUCAGAGAAGCGAUGAUGAAAUAAGUGCAGAAAAAGUAGAAGGAGAAGGGGAUGACCAGACAGGUGAGGAAAAAUUAAUUUACGAAGUUAAUGAAGUAAAUGAUAAUAAAGAAUGUGAAAAUAAGGAGCCAAAAAAUAAAAUUAUAAAUGUUGAGGUUUUUUUAGAGAAAAAAGUAAAAAAUAAAAGAAAAAUAAAUGUAGUGGUUACACUAGAGAAAAUUCUGAAAGAUAAGGAUGAGUUGAUUAAUAAUGAGGAUUACUCUAUAGGGAAGGAAAGUAUAAAUUACAUUGAUGCAGAAGGAAAUGAUGGUGAUAAAUUAGGAAAUUUAGGGGACCACGUUACUCCAAAUUUUGAUGAUAUUUUGAAACUUGAUAAAGAUAAAAAAGAUGAUAAAAAGCGUAAGUCAAAAAAUACUAAGAAAGAAAUGCAGAAAAAAAUAUUUUUUCGUUUAAAAAAAUUAAUGAGGAUAUUAAAAUUUUUAAAUAUUAUCGGUAUGGCAAUAGAAACAGUGAAUAAAAUAAUAGAUAAACAUAUUGAGAAAGUAAUGUUCAAGGCGUAUGCUAAGGUAGACGAAUAUAAGAAGGAUCCAAACAUUAGUAAAAUGAAAUACCAGCUGAUAAAAUUUACAUAUAAAGGUUUCUUCUUCAUAAUACCCAUUAUAAUUAUUGCAGGAGGAAUAAGUCUUACACAGGUGACUAGUGUAGUAUCAUAUGGUUCUACUUUUAUAAUAAUGUUGGGUGUUUCAUUUCUUAUAGGAAAUAUAAAGAGAUCGAUAAGAUAUCAAUUUAAGAAAAAAGGAAUUGAUAACCCCGGUAUUCUGGAUUAUUUAGAUCUCUUGUUAAUAUUUUUAUCGAAAUUUGAAAAAAAGGAAGGAAAUCCCGAAGGGGAAAAUGCAUAUGGGCAAAAUGUAUAUGGGCAAAAUGCAUAUGGGCAAAAUGCAUAUGGGCAAAAUGCAUAUGGGCAAAAUGCAACCGGUGAAAAUGCAACCGGUGAAAAUGCAAUCGGUGAAAAUGCAAUCGGUGAAAAUGCAAUCGGUGAAAAUGCAAUCGGUGAAAAUGCAACCGGUGAAAAUGCAACCGGUGAAAAUGCAACCGGUGAAAAUGCAACCGGUGAAAAUGCAACCGGUGAAAAUGCAACCGGUGAAAAUACAACCGGUGAAAAUGCAUAUGGGCAGGAAGAGCCUACCGAAAUAAGAACUCUGAGUGAUAUUAUACUUCUUAUGAUUGAAUCCCUUAAUAAUUAA